AUGAGCAACCAUUCAACAGUGACUGAAUUUAUUCUCCUGGGAUUCAGCGAUCAUCCAGAGCUACAGUGUCUUCUUUUUGUAGUGUUUCUAGUCAUCUAUAUCACCACUGUGUUUGCAAAUCUUGGCAUGGUUCUAUUAAUCAAGGUUGACUCGCGUCUGCAUACUCCAAUGUACUUUUUCCUCAGUAAUUUGUCCCUUGUUGACUUCUGUUAUUCUUCUGUCAUUGCCCCUAAUAUGCUGGUGAAUUUCUGGGUGAAGAACCCAGUCAUUUCAUUUAAUGAAUGUGCUACACAAUUCUUCUUUUUUGGUUCCUUUGCUGGUAUUGAAGGCUUCUUGCUGGCUGUGAUGGCCUAUGACCGGUAUGUGGCCAUCUGCAAGCCUCUUCUUUACACAGUCACUAUGUCCCCCCAUCUUAAUGUCCUUUUGGUGUUGGCCACCUAUCUUGCAGGUUUUAUGAAUGCUGCCAUUCACACUGGCUUCACCUUCCAACUGUCUUUCUGCCAUUCAAAUGUCAUCAACCACUUCUUCUGUGACACCCCACCUCUACUGAAACUCUCUUGUUCUGACACGAGUGUCAACGAGGUUGUGAUUUUUGCUUUUGCCAGUUUUAAUGAAUUGAGCUGCCUUCUGACUAUUCUCAUUUCUUACCUCUACAUCCUCACUGCCAUCUUGAGGAUCCAUUCUUCAGAGGGGAGACACAAAGCCUUCUCCACCUGCGCAUCCCACUUGAUGGUGGUUACCAUCUUCUUUGGCACAAUCCUGUUCAUGUAUCUGCGCCCCAGCUCCAGCUACUCAAUGGAUCAGGACAAAGUGGUGUCUGUGUUUUAUACAGUGGUCAUCCCCAUGUUAAAUCCUCUCAUCUAUAGUCUGAGAAACAAGGAGGUCAAAGCUUCUUUAGGUAAAAAACUCCAUCUUUUAUACUCCCGGUAA